AUGUCUGCCGAUAUUAAAACACUUCGCGAAACUUUAAAAACUCUUGCAGUCAGCGAUGAAGAAUCAAAAAAUGAUUUCUUUUCUAAUGACUCUUGUGAUGAUUAUUCUGUCCCUGACUCCUUCACUCAAAUUUUUGGCUAUGCUUUUUCUGAAGAGGAUAUCAACGAAGCAAUCGAACAACUUCGAAAUGAAAAGGAAACUAUUGACGGAAUUAAAAGUGAGACAGCUUCCGAUCAAAAUGAAGCGAAUGAUAAAUAUGCAUAUUCUGUUCAAGUAUGGGAUGACAUGAAGAAAAAAGGUCAUAAACCGACUUCGAUAAUCUAUAGCACCAUGUUAGGUUUCGAAAGAAAAAAUUAUCAAGAAGCUCUAAGAAUAUUUGAACAAAUGCGACAAGAUAAUAUUCCAAUGACAGAAAUAAUAUUCGAUAGAAUAAUUAAUGGUUUACUAUGGAAUAAUAGAGUUGAUGAAGCAUGUUGGUACUUGAUCAUGGGUGACUAUGCGGCUGCAAAAUUAGCAUACGAAGAAAUGCUAUCAGCGAACAUUCGACCAAAUACACAAAUUUACGGUUGCAUGUUAAAUGUAUUUUUCAAGCUUAACGAUUUACAAAAUGUUGAUCAAAUGUUAAACGAAAAAUUCCACCAUGAAAUUAAACAUUUAAGUAAUGCUUAUAAACCCUUAUUAAUGGGAUAUAUUAAUAAUAAUGAUUUGAACAGUGUUACUAAAAUGUUACAAGAUAUGUGGGAUGUGAAUUUGAACCUACAGAUUUGGAUUUAA